AAAAAAGAGAGACCACCUAUUCAAGAAUCAGAUGUGAUACCGUUUCACUCAUUUAAAAACCAAAAUAGCUGUUUAACUGUUAUUAUAAAUAAAUAGGAGGGGACCCUAUCGUGGAAUAUAAAUCAUAUUACUCUCAAAUCCAACUCCAACACCACAAAGAAAAAAAUAGCUAUGAAUGAAAAAACACAACUUAUCUUCAUUCCUUCACCAGGAAUUGGCCACUUAGCUUCAUCACUUGAAUUUGCAAAUAUCCUAACCAACCGUUACAACAAUUUUCACAUCACAGUUCUCUGCAUCAAACUCCCAAGCAUUCCCUCUUCAGAUUCAUACAUCAAAUCAUUUUUAGCCUCACAAUCACAAAUCCAACUCAUUGAUCUUCCUCAAGUUGAAACAUCUUCACAAGAUUUACACAAAUCUCCAGAAUUCUUCAUCUUGAAUUAUGUUGAAAGUCUCAAACCUCAUGUCAAAGAAACCAUCCAAACCAUUUUAUCAUCUAGUUCAAACAAAGUUGUUGGAUUAGUCCUAGAUUUCUUCUGUGUUUCACUGAUUGAUGUCGGAAACGAAUUCGGUAUCCCUUCUUAUUUGUAUGUACCAUCUAAUGUUGGCUUUUUAAGUCUCAUGCUUUCCCUUCAAAAACGUAGAAUCGAUGAAGUUUACGAUAAUUCCAACACUGAUGAUAAUCAGUUGUUGAAUAUUCCUGGUUUGUCAAAUGAAACUCCUACUAAUGUUUUACCUGAUGCUUGUUUUAGCAAAGAUGGUGGAUAUUUUGCUUAUUAUAAGCUUGCUGAGAGAUUUAGAGAAACCAAAGGAAUUAUUGUUAAUACUUUUUCAGAUUUGGAACAACAUUCAAUUGAAGCAUUACAUGCUCAUGAUGAAAAAAUCCCUCCUAUCUAUGCUGUUGGUCCAUUGCUUGAUCUUAAAAGCCAACCAAAUCAAAAUUUAGAUCAAUCUCAACAUGAUCUUAUAUUGAAAUGGCUUGAUGAACAACCAAAUAAAUCUGUUGUUUUUCUAUGUUUUGGAAGCUUUGGAUUUCAAUUUGUUCCAUCUCAAAUAACAGAAAUAGCAUUAGGACUUAAGAAUAGUGGAGUAAGGUUUUUAUGGUCUAAUCGUGCGGAGAAAAAAGUGUUACCAGACGGGUUUUUAGAAUGGAUGGAAUUGGAAGGUAAGGGAAUGAUAUGUGGAUGGGCACCACAAGUUGAGAUCUUAGGCCAUAAGGCUAUUGGUGGAUUCGUUUCGCAUUGCGGAUGGAAUUCUAUUUUGGAAAGUUUAUGGUUUGGUGUGCCAAUAUUGACAUGGCCUAUUUAUGCAGAACAACAGUUGAAUGCUUUUACGAUGGUGAAGGAAUUCGGAUUAAGUGUGGAGCUGAAAAUGGAUUAUAGAAGAGGUAGUGAUGUUAUUGUGGCUGAUGAGAUUGAGAAAGGGUUGAAGAGUUUGAUGGAUAAUGAUAACAUUGUGCACAAGAAGGUGAAAGAGAUUAAAGAGUUGGCUAGGAAUGCUGUUGUUGAUGGUGGAUCUUCUUUCAUUUCUAUUGGAAAAGUUAUUGAUGAUAUCAUAGGAAGCAAAUGAUAAAGUUUGUUUUUGUUGCUUUGUAGUUGGAUUUGUUCUUUUCUUGCAAUCAAUGAAUGAAGAAGUCAUUUUGUAUGUCUGUAACUAUAGCUUAUGUGAGAUUUUUCAUUUUAUCUAUAAAAAAUUGUUGAAUGAAUAUAAGUUGGAAAUGGAAAUAGUUGCAGUUUGUGUUUGACAAA